AUGGAAGCCCACACCGCGACUGACCCAAGCAUCAAGUGGGACCAGCGAAAGACCACGAUCAUCGAUGUCAGAGGUCGUGAGCAAGACUUCACCCUGGACAAACAGGGCUUCUCCCUCCACUCGUCUGCAACGACCUUCAAGGACUUUGACAAUGAGGAAGCCAUCCGUGCGGAAUACUACAAGGACGUCGAGGAAGUCGCCAGAAGAAUCACUGGGGCAACGCGCGGCCACGCAUCCAGCCAUGUCAAGCGCAUGACACACACGGGUGGCCAGACACCUCCCAUCGACAAGGGUAGUCCAGCAAUCAUGAUCCAUGCCGACUAUAGCUACAAAGGCGGCUUGCAACGCUUUGAUGGCGAACGGAACUCCGGCGAGAUACCCGAGGACUGGGAGAAGCUGAGGCAGACCAGAUGGGGAGCACUUAGUAUCUGGCGUCCGAUUGGGAAGGUGACGAGGGAUGCACUUUGCUUGGCGGACAAAACAACGAUCACGGAGGAGACGCUGCAGCCACUGACUUUCACACGCUCCAAUGGUGUAACUCACGAGCUUUUCACGCUCAAAUAUGCACCAGGACAGCAAUUCUAUUACAAGAGCUUGAUGGGUCCAGACGACCUUAUUGCUAUCAAGCUUUUCGACACGCAUGAAGAUGUGGCGAGAUGCACACCUCAUAGCUCGUUCCAGUUGAAGGAGGACUAUGGCGAGGCGAGGAGCAGUAUCGAGACCAGAGUCUUGGUGUUUUGGGCAGACCAGCCAUUGCACGGAAACACGGACAUGUAG